UGUGGCACCAUUAAGGGAAUUUCGACAAGGGUCAAUUUGACAGUUCAGCAGACAGAGCCAGACCGAGGAGGCUCUACAGACACCAUGUCCACCAGUACCAUCAGUCAACCCUGCAAGCAGGAGAGGAAAGGCAGUUUUUUCAAGUUGAUCGACUCAUUUGCCUGGGAAAUCGGCACCCUGAAGAAGGAAAUGGGGAAAAAGAAAGAGCCUCAAGAAGACCACAAGACAGAUCCACUCCUUGGACUGGGCGAAGAGGUGGGAGGUCUCUUCCUCCAGGCUUCCCCUUGUGCUGGGAUCGGAGUGGGCCUGGCUGGAGCGAGGGACUCUGGCUACGACUCUCUCCAUCGGCGGCUCAGCGUUCUGGACAGACUGGUGCACACACACGCCGUGUGGCUGCAGCUGGGUCUCAGCCACCAGGACGCCAUGCGUGUGCUGCAGAGCCAACCCACCGGGACGUUCGUCGUGAGGAAGUCGAGCAGCCUGCAGAGGAAAGUCAUAUCUGUACGCAUGAACAAAGACUCGGUGGUUCCCGUCAAAGACUUCCCUGUGAAGGAGAGCCAGUACACUUUCUCUUUGGUGGGAUCAGGCCUGAGCUUCGCGGACCUUUUCCGUCUGGUGGCUUUCUGCUGCAUCAGCAGGGAUGUGUUGCCCUUCACUCUGAAGCUCCCAGAAGCCAUCGCCUCAGCCAAAACGUCUGCCGAUCUGGAGGUGGUUGCUAAACUUGGAGCAGGCUUCUGGGAUGCCCAGGCGUGUCACAGAAGGAAGGGCUCCGUCUCCUAUUCAGGAAUAGCUGCUCCCGAGAGACCGCCUCCCCCUGUCUCCUCGGCCACCUCCCCGGGUCGCCCACGGCUUCUAACUCGCACCCCAUCAGACCUUGAGUGUAGCCAGUCCAACGGAGCACUUUGCUUCAUCAACCCCCUCUUCAUAAAGGUUCACCAACCAGAUGGCGACCACAGCACUACUUCAAAUCCCUCUGGUACGGCAAAGCGAGGCCUGAGGGAGGAACCCGUUAGCGACAUCUUAGAAACCAACAACAAGGAUUCUCAACACGCUUGUGGAGACAGUCCUCAGGUUUCUAGCUCAGAUCAAAGUGACAGCAGCCAGUCAGGUCAAGGCGACCUUCAGAGCUUUGACAGAAACACAGAGCUACAGGACGAUAACGGCCAAACCAGCAGCAGCAGCGGUCAGAAGAUAAGUGCUAAGGACAGUGUGCGGCGGUCGCCCCCUCCACGUCCACCCCUACCUCUUAUUGUGUCGCAGCGCUCAGCCCCUGUGCUCCGACAGCGCAGUAUGCCUGAGAAGAUCCCCUGGAUCAAUGUCCCCAAGGAGAAGGCGGAGGAAAGGGAGAGGGGUAGCAGCCUUCUUUCUCGUCUGGGCUCCUCGCUAAGCAUUAGCCCCUCAUCCUCCCCUCCCAAGAGACUCAACAUCAGCUCCCCCAUAUCCAUCCCUCGGCCCUCUCUGGCCAUCUCUCUGUCAUCCCUCUCCUCCUCCCCACGUCGGGUCAAGGCCUCACCCUCAUCCAGCCAGGAGGAUGCCCAGUGUCACUUGGCGCUGGAGGACCAGACUAUUCAGAAGGCUCUCAUGAGGGCCAGACUGUGUCAGCUUAAUGCUACCAAUACCCCCGCCCAGGAAUCCAGCAGUCCUAUAGACCCCACACUGAUGACAACUAGCAAACAGGCAGGUGUGACAGGAGGAGACGAAGAAGAAGCAGGCGAGGAAUGCAGCGGUGGCGGUCAGCGGCUAAGUGAUAUGAGCCUUUCUACGGAUUCCUCAGACUCUCUAGAUUUAUCCCAGUCCUCAGUCUUCUUCCUUCCUGCUCUGCAUGACCCAAGUCCCCCAACGGUUGCUGACUUUGACACCCACCUCCCCCUCUCCCUCCCACCAUCCCAUCUGCCGUGCUGCAGCACGGAGGACGACGACGACGAUGAGGACGACGACGACGAAGAGGAGGCCGACUAUGGCGUCAGCCUUGAGAGCGACCAGGACCAAGACCAGGAUCUGACCAUGGUGCCGCCUGGCCACCGCACAAAGCGCCGCCCCAGUGCCAGUGCUUUGGUCCUGCAGAAAGCCCUGCGAGGGCACCUGCGCAAGAUGAGCGGGGUGUUCAACUCGCUGCUGACGCCUGAGAAGAGGGCGAUCCGCAGGGUGGUGGAGCUGUCCAGGGACAAAGGCUCGUACUUCGGCUGCCUGGUACAGGACUACCUGAGCUACAUGGGCGAGGGUGCGGGCACCCAGGCCUGGCAGAGCUACGCCUCCGGACUGGAGCUGCUGCAGACUCUCCGCCAAUUCAUCACUCAGAUGAAGAGCUACCUGAGACAGAGCUCCGAACUCGAGCCACCAAUCGAGAGCCUCAUUCCUGAAGACCAGAUCGACCGGGUCCUGGAGAAGGCCAUGCACAAGUGCAUCCUGAAGACUCUCAAACCAGUGGUGAGUGUCGCCCUGCAGGAGUUCCAGGUGCGCAGCGGCGAGUGGCAGGAGCUGAGGGAGAACCUGGCGCUGGCCAAGGCCCGGCAGCCGCAGGAAAUGGGUGUGGCCGACACGCCGCCCCCUGACCCCGUGGCCAUAGAGAAGAUCAAGCACAAGUUCCACACCAUGAGUAAGCUGUACUCGCCCGAGAAGAAGGUCACCAUGCUGCUGAGGGUCUGCAAGCUCAUCUACACCAUCAUGGAGGACAACUCAGGUCGUCUGUAUGGUGCCGAUGACUUCCUGCCAAUGCUAACCUACGUGUUGGCCCAGUGCGACAUGCCCCAGCUGGACAACGAGAUACUUUACAUGAUGGAGCUGCUGGACCCCUCUCUGCUCCACGGAGAAGGUGGCUACUACCUGACCAGCGCGUACGGAGCCAUGUCCCUGAUUCGAAACUUCCAGGAGGAGCAGGCGGCCAGAGUGCUGAGCUCGGAAACCAGGGACACGCUCCACCAGUGGCACCGCCGACGCACCACCCAGCGCUCCGCACCUUCCAUCGACGACUUCCAGAACUACCUGCGGGUGGCGCUACAGGAGCUGGACAGCGGCUGCACGGCCAAGACUCUGCAGGUCCGACCAUAUGCCUCCGUGGAGGAGGUGUGUCGCCUGUGCGCCCAGAAGUUCAAAGUGGCCGACCCAGAGAACUACGGCCUGUUCCUGCUGAUGGAGGGCAGCAGCCAGCAGCUGGCUCCUGACACCCACCCUCAGAAGAUCAAGGCCGAGCUCCACAGCCGCUCCCAGGCCACGCCCUUCCACUUCGUCUUCCGCCGCCUGGCCAACGGCAACGCCUCGUCGCCAGCUCCCUUGGACCUCCUGUCCAACCUCAACGACCUCACCGUGACCUCUGACCCCAAGGCCAACCUGAAUAACCUCAGCAUGGACCUGUCAGCCCCCUCCUCCCAGCUCGCUCUCAGCUCUGGCCUCAGUCCCAGUCUGGGCCUCAGCCUGCCACCCAGCCACCUCAAUGGCAACUCCAUAUCUAUAUGACUGUAACGGGGGGUGACUGUAGGUUUUGAACAGAGUUUUUGUCUCCCAGCUGUGACAGUAUCGCCCCCAACAUCUACAACAAACAUGUUUCCAUGGGACCAAGAAGGGCAUGUUGAAAGGGUUCAACUUGGGCAAAACAUUGUGUCGUGCCAGUCUUUGCAAAGCCCGACUUCUCCUUUUGGAUGACUCCUCCGUCUCUGUCAACAUCCUCUAGCUGGAAGAGUUCUGUCAGACAGACACGGGUGAAAGAGGAAAAGAAGAAAAGGAGGGAAGGAAAUGUGAGAGAUGGCGUUCCUAUUUUCUUUUCUUUUUUUUUUUUUUUUUACUUCCUUGGCUCUAUUUUGGCAACGCAGCAACACUCUGCAAGUCUCAACACAUAGUUGAGGUCCAGACUUUGGAGAUAAGUUUAUGGGUAUUAAUGAACAUGGUGCUUCUCCUGCAGAUUCAGGGUCAGCUGUUUUUUGUUGUUACCUUUAGGGUUCAUAGAGGGAAAUCAGAUCUCCGACACAUGUGAGACUAAUCUUUGAUCAAUCAUGUUAAAUAUGUAACAGAUCAUUUGUAUAGGUGAUAGGUAUACCUAUGAUUUACUAAUAACAGUUGCUGGUAAACUGUGUUAUUAUGUUGUUUGUGUUUUUUAACUAUUAAUCCUUUUAGAUUGUUUAUGUGUUUCAAUGGAUUCUGGCGACACCCAGUGGUUGCUGGUGCACAUUGCAAGAGCUCCAUCUGAAAAAGAACAUUUAUGGCCCACAAGUGGGGAGCAAUUUUCCUUGGUGCAGCAAAAUUCAUCUGAAGAAAAAAAAAAGGAGGACCUUCACUUCACAGCUACAACCUUAAGACAAAAAUAAUAAAUAUAUAUUAUGUGCUGAAGCAAGGGUAAAAAAACGUUACUCUAUUGAUUCCUAGAAAUUGAUCCAGUUAUACCAAAUCCAUGCUGUGGCUACUGGUUCGUUGUUCACUGAUGAAUAUUAAAGGUGCAAUGUGUAAGAUCUGGUCACAUGCUCCAAGGACAUAGGGGACAGGGGGGGGGUCUAUCUCCAGGAGACACCGUCUAUCACCUGGUUAGGUAGUCUACUGGCCGUUGGCAGGACGAUGCAAGUGUGAAAGUGGUUUUCUCAAUUCUGCCACUUUGGAUACAGUUCAAUAGCCAAAUUAUCAGUAGAUUAUCGUAGACCGACCCUGUGCCUUCAAUUGACAAGCCCUCGGGUUAGCUCUACCUCUUCAUCCUCUCACGUCGGUGACAGUGACUCACUAUUGUAUUACACACCAGGUUGGACCGGGGCUAGCUGGUUAGCUUGCUCACAUUAAGGAGAAUGUUAGUUCCUUCUUUAAAGGUUUCAAACUUAAAGUCUGGCCAUAUCUUAUACACAUUGUACCUUUAAAAUAUUAGUUAAUUACAGUAACUGGCUGUUGGUGGCAAACACAGAAUAUUUUCUGUUGAAAUCAGAACAUGUAUGGCCUGUGAGGCAGUAUACCUUGCAGCAACUAGUCCACAAUCAGUUCUUCUACUCCUCAUUAAAAGACAAGGAGGUGCACAAAUACUUCCUUAACAAACCUGUAGCCAUUUAAAGAGUACAGAUUUAUCAUUGCACUAAACAUUGUUUCACUCAAGAUCAUUUUGGGGAAAAAAGGAUCAACAUUGAUGCAGGAGAACCAGAGAUAAUUGCAGGAGAACCAGAGAUAAUACACACAUUGCUUACGCCCCAAAAUGACGAAAAACCUAUGGGGCAAAAAGUCUGGGCCCAAGGAAAAAAGAGAGAGAAUAUUUUGCCUAUUACUUUGUAUACUUAUAUAGAGCCAAACAGUGCCUCCUUUUCUGUUUUGAUUUGACAUUGGAAGAUAAUCAAACUACAGCGUAUUUCUUUAUCAAAUCUAUGCUGUUGGUACUGGGACACAGCUCAAUAGCCAAUGGUUGAUGACCCGUUUUUGACAUGCAGCCUUUCCUGUGCAUAACAAUGCAUAUCUUCUGGUAGAUCCCAGCAUUAUCCGUGAAAAGGUUAUAAUAUAUAACAUGGCAUUUCUAUAUGGUAAUCUUAGGGAUUAACAUUUUAAAAUUUGUAAAAUAUUGUUCUUGCAUGUAGUUUGUAUUUUUAAGUGUACCCGUUCGAAACAGGCAGGUCUGCCGGUGUUUUAAAAAAAAUGUAACGUUCAUUUAUGUAUUUGCUGAUUAUCCUGGUGAUAUGAAAGAAACUGUAUAUAAACUGAUGCAUUGCGCGUUAAAGGGCAUCUUCUUCAUUCAGAAUGACGACAUGUGUCCAAGAACGACUGUGGCUGUCACGUCACUAUUAAGGCAACUCUUUGUACUACUGACAAAUGUUAUGGUUUUUAUCCUGGUGAGAGAAAACGAAAAGAUGUAGUCAGUUAUUAAAUGGAUCUGUGGACUUUAAAGCUGGUCUGAGGUCACACACACACACAGCGCCGUACGCUCUUGUAGAUAUCUGGAAAGACAAAGGUAUGUGAUGAUACACAGGGCAGAAGAGGGAAUGUUACUACGUCAGUAUUGAGUUUGGUAUUGUCGGUCAGAAAAAAACUUGAAGUUUUCUUGAGAAUUGAAAGGUUCCAGUAGUUGUGAAAAUCAAAUUGAUAUGAUGUUUAUUAACUGUUUGUAUUGAACUGUAACACUCCAUUCCUUCCUGUCUACAGUGUCAUGAGAGGUAAAUGUCUGAGGAAACCUGGGAGCUUUCGAGUAGCAUUAAUGUCAUAAAUCAUCUCUGAGUUCGAAGUUUGAAUUGACUCGUACCGCCAUGUCAUCGGUGAUCUAACUGUCUUUGAUUGAGCAAAGUGCGUAUUUAUGUCUCUGUGCAGGGAUUUUUCACAGACGGCUUUUCCAUUUCUAUUCGAUAAUAUUCUUUAUGGUGUCAAAAUGUAAUUUGCAUCCAGAAAGACAAAUUCCUAUUUGUCAUUGAAUGAUAUCAUAAAUAUUCUU